ACAGGGGUGGUGGAGGUGGUGGUAUAGUGGGAGGUGUUGGAUCGCUUAUUUUGACGCUGAGCUCGGUCAGUAUACUCCCGCAACAAGGCCUGACGUUUUAUUAAACAAAGUUCCUAACCAGCACUAACAACGGGAAUAUGUUGCCGUGAUCGCAACGCGGUUGGUUUGGUUUCAUCAAACAUGACGGAGCGUAAAAAUAAAAGGGAAUAAAGUGCGUGAAGCAGCGGAAACGGGGAGGCGGAUGUGAAGUAGGCUGGUCCAGCCAAAUAAAUAAGAAAUGAACGCGUCUUUCUUCCCAUCCUGGCAACAUCACUGAGAGCAGGUAACCUACUCUGUGGGGAGAGGAGAAUGGCAACCAUGAUGUCAAAACGGGAAUAAUAAAAAAGAAAUCAAAGGGAGAUUUCGCUUUGACCGGAGGUUGGACUACCGAGAGGCAGCGGGGCUGCGCACGGGCUCUGGAGCGCCCGGAUCCCGCUUGGAAGCCGAUGAAGGGUCGGUGGUGCCGGGGCCGUGUGGAGGUCCGUUCUCCACGAUUAAGCGACUAAUACGGGGGUUUUUUUGGCAUGCAGAAGAGGCUUUAAACGAAAUUUAAAUCACCGUAGUAAAGGUCUCCAACCUCCCUUCAACCCUUCCCGUGGAUCAUAGGAGCGCCCUGUCAUCACCCCCUUCUCCCCGGAGAGACCAGCGGAAGUAUUCCUGGAUCGCGUUUCAUCCUUAAAUUCCUCUUCUUUCUGCCCACCUCCCGCUUCCAUUACUUUUCCUUGUCAUAAUGAUUUAUGAAGAACUAUAGUGCCCUCAAGCAAGGCGUUGCUCUGCUGUUGACUCUAUUGUGUUUGUCAAAAUGGACACGUGCCCUCAGGUGUUAAAAGGGACACAUGGUCAACAUUCAUAGUAGCAAUGUGAUAUACAUGACUGAUCUAAGAGGGACAAAAGGGCAGAAUGGUUCAGACUGCCUCCUCACACCUUGAAUGACGAUCUCUGAAGUGCCUUGCCCAAGGGAACACCAGCAGGGCUAAAAAAAUGUACAGCAGGGAAACCAAAACAGUGUUUUUUAAAUAGAGUUGCUUUAGCAUCCAUCCUUUCCUCCAUUUUAUUUUUUACUUUAUCUUUCCCGCCAUUCAUCACUUCUUUAGUUUGGUCUAGAGGUGGAGCUUUUUAGCUUAAAGGGCCUACGUAUCUCCUUCCCUUCUUUUUUCCUCUCCCUAAUUUCUUUCCUUUUCAGCUCACCCACCUGGCCUCCACCAUUCGCCCCUCCCUCGCAACGGCUGUCCUCCCCCCUCGCCCCCGCCCCCAGUCAUCCUCCCCUUCCCACUCCACCUCCUCAGCCCCCUCCCACCCACACCACCACCAUCAUCAACACCACCACCACCCUCAGUCCCACUCCCACCAGCACCACCAUCACCUCCCCCAGAUCUCCUCCUCCUCUCCCCCUCGCUUCUCGCCCCCUCCUUUCUCCACCUCCUCCUCUGUUUUAACCAUGGCGAUGGCUGCAACUGCCUCUUCCUCAUCCCCGACGUCCUCAACAUCAGCCAACGGCAGCGCCCGAGAGCACCUGUUGGCGGUGCGCCGGCGCACCCCGCACUCCCGGCCUUACACGAUUGGGCCCGACAACCUCCGCAGCCUGUCGGUGCAGGGCCCAGAUGGAGCCUCCACCUCUGCGUCCUCCUCCUCCACUAUGUCGUCUGGGAACCAACCAGAAAUGGCAGGGGUGGGCCUCCAGCGGGCCAAUAGCGACACAGACCUGGUGACGUCAGACAGCCGCUCAUCACUCACGGCUUCUACGCACGAGCUGACUCUGGGCCACAGCCACCUGGUCAUCUCCUGGGACAUCAAGGAGGAAGUGGAUGCCACAGACUGGAUCGGCCUGUACCACAUCGAUGAGACCAGUGUGGCAAACGUGUGGGACUCCAAGAAUCGCGGUGUGAACGGUACCCAGAGAGGACAGAUCGUGUGGAGACUGGAGCCGGGACCCUACUUCAUGGAGCCAGAGACUAAGAUCUGCUUUAAAUACUAUCAUGGUGUAAGUGGAGCAUUAAGAGCAACGACACCUUGUAUCACCGUCAAGAACCCUGGAGUACUGGUACGCAGUGAAGGCCAAGUGGAAGACCAAUCAGGGACUGAGCAUUGUCGGAAACUAGUCAGCUUCACCCUAUCAGACAUCCGGGCGGUGGGCCUGAAGAAGGGCAUGUUCUUCAACCCUGACCCCUAUCUGAAGAUGUCCAUCCACCCCGGGAAGAGGAGCGGCCUCCCCAACUUCACCCACCACGGCCAGGAGAGACGCUCCUCCAUCAUAGCCAACACCAUUAACCCUGUGUGGCAUGGGGAGAAAUACACCUUUGUGGCUCUGAUGACUGACGUGUUGGAGAUCGAGGUGAAGGAUAAGUUUGCCAAAAGCCGUCCUAUCAUCAAGCGGUUUCUGGGUCAGCUGAUCAUCCCUGUGCAGAGACUUCUAGAGGGGCCGACAGCUGAAGAUCAGCCAGUCAGCUACAGCCUGUGCCGUCGUCUGCCUACGGACCAUGUGAGCGGGCAGCUUCUGUUCAGAGUGGAUAUCACCACCACCGGACAAGAAGAAACCUCCCCAGGUGCAGAAAGAGGCAUCUUGGGUGGCGCAGUGAACGGUGACCCUGGCAGUCCCUCGGACGACGAAGACCUCCCUCACCCAUCCCUGUCCUCACGCGUCACAUGCGGACCUUCUCCCACGGGCUCCGACGAGGGCUCCCUGUUAGUCAACGGUGCUUGUUACUAUGGCGAUGACAGCGUGUGGCGGGAGCCUGGGCAGAUGGGAGAGGAGGAUCUGCUUCCUGUGGCUCUGGGCGGCCACACCCACCGGCAGGUGUCACUCAACGACUACCUGGAUGCCAUCGAGGCUCCCAGGAGCCCUGAGGACCGACCUCAGGAGGGACCAUCGCCGAAACUCCGCUCUAGCUUUCCAACGGACACGCGGCUCAACGCCAUGCUGCACAUAGACUCAGAUGAGGAUGAGGAGACAGCAGGGCAGCACAGGGAGCAAUCACAGGAGGAGAGCACAGAAUUAGCCUUACCAAGGAGAUUAGCUACAUCUGAGUCUCCACAGGGAAAAAAGGAUUCAACAGGGGAUCCACACGGGCAAACUGGAGAAAGGACUUGGCCUGGAAGCGGGGCCACAACAGAGGCAGGUUCCUCUGCCAGCGCUCAGCCUGGAACUGAGCCUGCAGGGGCUGAACCUGGAUCUGCAGAAGGUGCAGCUGGAGUCCGAACACAAGCAGGAACAUCAGCGGCUGUUGAGACUGCAGCUGGGACCGGAGAGAUUGCUGGAGCAUCAACUGAGGCUGUACAUGCCACUGGAGAAACCUCCACGCCUUCCUGCUCAUCUCAGGCAUCAGCGGCAGAGGCAGGUGCAGCAACUGGGCUGGGGGAGUCUGUGGGGGAGUGUACCUGUCAGGAGCAGAGCAGCCGGACGGGUGCAAACCAGGAAGUGCCCUGCAAUCCCUCACUUGGUCCACUUUCACCCAUUCAGGAGGUGGAGAUGAGAAAGGAAGUGGCUCCGAAGGCAGAGGAGGAAGGGGCGGAGUCAUCGAGCAGUGAGGCAAACGGGCCAGUAGCAGCAGCUGCUCCUACCAGCAGCAACAUAGCUGACCAAGGAGGAGGGACUUCUGAAAAUGGAGCGAGAGCCAGCGGCGGGAACAGGCAGGAGGAGCAGGUGGUAGGGAAGGUGUGGAGGAGGCGGCCCAUGCAGGCCUCCGGAGGCGUGUCCCAAAACCAGGAGGUGUGCGGGGCCAGAGAGAAUCAGAACGGGACACCGGGUGCGGAGAGAGACACAAGUGCCACAGCUCAGGCCAAUGGCCACCAGUCUGUUCGCUCGCUGCCAUCUGUCCGCCAUGACAUCAGUCGUUACCAGAGAGUGGACGAGCCGCUACCACCUAACUGGGAGGCUCGUAUUGACAGCCACGGUCGGAUCUUUUACGUGGACCACGUGAACAGAACCACAACUUGGCAGCGUCCCACCGCUCCCCCUGCUCCGCAGACCCUCCAGAGGUCCAGCUCCAUACAGCAGAUGGAGCAGCUGAAUCGCAGGUAUCAAAGUAUACGUAGGACGAUAACCAAUGACAGCCGAGCAGAGGAACAGCCAGCCAAUGAGCUGCCGCCAGACGAGACUGACACGCACCCCUCCAUCCCAGAGCUGCGUAGGGACAACAGUGUGGCUCAGUCCAGUUCCAGGUCUCGCCUUACCCUGCUGCUUCAGUCCCCCAGCGCAAAGUUCCUCACCAGCCCUGACUUCUUCACUGUGCUGCAUUCCAACCCUAGUGCCUACCGUAUGUUCACCACCAACACGUGUCUGAAGCAUAUGAUCAGUAAGGUUCGUCGGGAUGCUCACCACUUUGAGCGCUACCAGCACAACAGGGACCUGGUGGCUUUCCUCAACAUGUUCACCAACAAACAGCUGGAGCUGCCCAGAGGCUGGGAGAUGAAGCACGACCACACCGGCAAGCCUUUCUUUGUGGACCAUAACUGCCGUGCCACCACUUUCAUUGACCCCCGGCUGCCUCUCCAGAGUGCUCGCCCCCCCCCAAGCCUCCUGGCUCACCGCCAACACCUGACCCGCCAACGCAGCCACAGUGCCGGGGAGGUCAGCCCACGACGACUGGCGGGUGAAGACCCUCGUCAUGCCGGCCCACCCGUACUGCCGCGGCCUUCCAACACCUUCGCUUCUGCCAACAGGGGUCAGUGCCAAGAUGUGCCAGUGGCUUACAACGACAAGAUUGUGGCAUUUCUUCGCCAACCAAACAUCUUUGAGAUUUUGCAGGAAAGACAGCCCGACUUCAACCGGAACCAUUCACUCAGGGAGAAGGUGCAGCUGAUCCGCACAGAUGGAGGGUCGGGAUUGGCCAGGCUGUCGGGUGACGCUGACCUUGUCAUUCUGCUUAGUCUGUUUGAAGAUGAAGUCAUGUCCUAUGUGCCUCCUCACGCCUUACUUCACCCCAGCUACUGUCAGUCACCUCGAGGAUCCCCGGUCUCCUCUCCGCAGAACUCGCCUGGUACUCAGAGAGCUAAUGCCAGAGCCCCAGCACCCUACAAGAGAGACUUUGAGGCCAAACUGCGCAACUUUUACAGGAAACUGGAAACUAAAGGCUACGGCCAAGGACCAGGGAAGCUGAAAUUGAUCAUACGUCGUGACCACCUGCUGGAAGAUGCCUUCAACCAGAUCAUGUGCUAUUCCCGUAAAGACCUGCAACGCAGCAAGCUCUACGUCAGCUUUGUCGGGGAGGAGGGGUUGGACUACAGUGGACCUUCCAGAGAGUUCUUCUUCUUGGUUUCCAGGGAGUUGUUCAACCCUUAUUACGGCCUGUUUGAAUACUCUGCCAACGACACCUACACCGUCCAGAUCAGCCCCAUGUCCGCCUUCGUAGACAAUCACCACGAAUGGUUUCGGUUCAGUGGUCGUAUUCUGGGUUUGGCUCUGAUCCAUCAGUACCUGCUGGAUGCCUUCUUUACCAGACCCUUCUAUAAAGGCCUGCUGCGCAUUCCCUGUGACCUGAGUGACCUGGAGUAUCUGGACGAGGAGUUUCACCAGUCUCUUCAGUGGAUGAAGGACAACGACAUAGAAGACAUGCUUGACCUCACCUUCACCGUCAAUGAAGAAGUCUUCGGACAGAUAACGGAAAGGGAGCUGAAGCCCGGCGGAGCCAACAUCCCUGUCUCUGAGAAGAACAAGAAGGAAUACAUUGAGCGGAUGGUGAAGUGGAGGAUAGAGAGAGGAGUAGUGCAGCAGACUGAAAGCCUGGUCAGAGGAUUCUACGAGGUGGUGGAUGCGAGGCUGGUGUCUGUGUUUGAUGCCAGGGAGCUGGAGCUGGUGAUCGCCGGCACAGCUGAGAUUGACUUAUCAGACUGGAGGAACAACACAGAGUAUAGAGGAGGUUACCAUGACAACCACAUUGUGAUCCGGUGGUUCUGGGCAGCUGUGGAAAGGUUCAACAACGAACAGAGACUGCGGCUCCUGCAGUUUGUGACCGGGACAUCCAGUAUUCCCUAUGAGGGCUUUGCUUCUCUGCGAGGCAGCAACGGACCCCGACGGUUCUGUGUGGAGAAGUGGGGGAAGGUCACCUCGCUACCCAGAGCUCAUACCUGUUUCAACCGGCUGGAUCUGCCACCGUACCCGUCCUUCUCAAUGCUGUAUGAGAAGAUGCUGACCGCAGUGGAGGAGACCAGCACCUUUGGGCUGGAAUGAGAAUCUCUUCUGUCCACCUACCUAAUUCACAGCUACCCUCAAGCUUGAAAGCCGCCUUUAGUUACCCCUCAAGGACUGCUGGUGGUAGUAAAGAGAGGAAGCCAUGUCAGAAGCUGAACAUGGGUUCAAAAAGCUGUAUCCAAUUUAUGGUUUGUGUUUAAUUUAUAAUUUUAUAACAGGGGCUGAAAAGACCAUUUGAAAUGUCCCGUGUACAGAAGUAAACGCUUAUUUCGCACCUGUUUAGUAACGCACACUAUCACCUGCGUGAUGCGACGAAUAAAGACUCUCACUGCCUUUGGGACCAGAAUCGUAACUGCCAGGAUUUGACCAAUCAGAUGGGUUUUUCUUUUUCACUUUCUCUUUGAUACCAGGAGGUAAAAUUUUAAGAUGUACACUACACAUCAAAGGAGAAGCGACUACUGCCUUCACUGCAAAAGCUGAGUGGCCUCUUUUACUCUGGCUUGGAUGGACCUUGAAGGAUUUUAAGGCCUGCCCAGAACUGUGAGCUUUAGUGACGCCGUCAUUGUAGUACAGUGUCUCCUUGUGGCCUGUUGCUGUAACUGCACUCAUGUACAUUUUGUUUCUCAAAGCCUUUUUCGAGGGCCGCCUGAGGUAACUUUUGAUAAAGUUUGUGGGAUUUUCCAGUGAACUUCUACAGCUGAUUUUGCUGAUCCUUGGCCAGACAGAAGCUUUGAUAUUGUUAUUACAGUGAUUUUCUAAUGAUGUGGCAGUUAUAUGUGGAUGAUUUGAAUGUAAGUAACUUUAUGAUUUAGAUUAUGUGGGGGGGGGGUUGUACCCGAUCUGGAUCAAUUGGCAAAAAAUAUUUGCUCAGUAAAAGAAGUUAAAAAUAGCUAGAUAGUAGAAAAUAGCUUUGAUCCAGGUUUGUUUUCUAAAGUUUGUAGUCUACACUCAAAAUGUGUAGAUUGAAAGACAAUUCUAUAUCGAAAUAGUCCAAGGAAAUUAAAUAUUCACACACCAGUGGCAGAUCUAGAGCAUUUUAGAUGGGGAGGCAAAGGGGUGGCAUGGGAGGGGAAAGGGUGGGGGUCCCCACAUGAAAACUCAUGCUCCUUCUGCAGGUAAAUAUCUAAGGGGUGUGCACUUUACCCCCCUUCCUUUGUAUUUUCUAUCUAUGCUCUGAUCUCUAAGAAGUUCUUGGUUAAAAGUCAUAAGCUACAAUCAAUCAAUCAAUGAACAUUUAACAGGGAAUGAUUUGUAGAGUACCCAAUCUCAUCAUGGCUAAAAUAUUUCCAGUCAGAUAUGGACGCAUGGUCAAGUCCUGUUAGCGUCAGUUUGUAAUGCACCGGGGAGCCCCUUAGUGUCAGAGAUUAUCAGUUUUAUUUCGAAAGUCUAACGGGACGUUGCAUAUUUAUUGUUGUUAACUUGACCCCAGAGCCCUACAUGUCAAAAAACAACACGUAAGGGGUACCCAGGGCGUUAAAAAGCACGGUCAAGGGGUCUUGACCAAGGUCUGCACAGAUUCACGUGCUUAUAUUAACAGAUGGAUGAUAGGGGAAGAACACUAUAUAUUUACUAGUUAAUUAAAUUAAAAAACUGACUGAACAUUCCCUAAAUAUCUAAAUUUACUAUGUAUUGCACUGUGUUUGCUGUCCAGCAUUUUAUUUAAGUUUUUGAGUGUGAAGUGUAUGCCUUAUACAGGGCCCACAAAAUUCCAGCAAUUGAAUGGGGGGGGGGAAAGUCCAGUCCAUAGCAUGUACACUUCUCUCUUUUUGAUGCAAAGGGAAGCGAUGAUUAAUAAUAUUGAGAUUUUGAAUACUAAUGAUUAACUGCUCACUAAACUUCUGAGUGUAGGGAGCAGUGAAUGACGUGGUUAAUCAGAGGAUUACCAAAGUUAUUACCAUUCAUCCUGAGGGGAACAAUUAUCUGAACCAAAUUCCAUCCAAUAGUUCAGAUAUUUUAGUUUGGACAAAAGCGGUUAACCCCCUGAUAAUGGCGUCUUAAAACUAAGGGCUUUGCAUUAAUUUGCAAAUUAAUGUUGAUCUAACGCUACAAUAAUGAGCGUGGAUUUUCUCUGUAUUCUUUGCCUGUUUCAGUGAUUAAGGAGGUAGUGGUGACAGAAGAUUACUUUACAAUUACAACCCCCCCCCCCCCCCCCCCCCCCCCCCGCCUCCCUCUAGAUCAGCCCCUGUUGUGCAACACCAGUUGUACUUAUAGAAAAGGGUUCUGAGACAUUCAAUAAUAUAUCAACUGGCAUAAAAAUGCUGCUGCAUAAUCACUGUUGCUCCUUAUUAUUAUUAUUAUUAACAUCAUUUUUAUUGUUAUGGGCUUGUUAUUCACUUUACACACUAUGACUAAGAGCUCCAAAUGAUGGAGUUUUCUCUUUUUUUCUUUGCUCUUUCUACACUUGUGUUGUUGUCCACAUCAGUGAAUUUGAUUAUACAUGCUGUAUGUAAACUCUGACCUGACGAGUUGAACUCUGACAAAGUUUAAUAGCACCUCUAGAUUUGCACUCAUUUCAAUAUUGAAUGACUUGUAUCAACUCAAUGUUAAUGUUUAUGUUAAUUUAAUCAUGUUGUUUUGUGGAAUUCACAUGGAGAGCUCCCACAGUAAACCGUAAAAACCAUACGGUCCUCACAAUAGAAAAGCAUGAACAUUUUGUAUAAAGUACAUUUUGAAGGAGCUUGCAUUGAAUAUUUUCUCUUUUGUACAUGUAGAUACUUCCUUCCACACGUCCUCUUCACUCACAUUUCCCCCUGCACUAUGAAUGUAAGCACACCUUGAACUGCCACACAUAAAUACAACUGUCCACGUGCAGGCCUACAACAUAAAACCCUUCUGAAUGCCUCAUUUUAGACACACAGCGAAAUCCAGAUUAUGUGGAAGCCUAUUUCGGCCAAGAAAAAUUAAAAAUAAAUGUAUGAAAAGUUAAGCCUUGUUCUGAAAUUCUUGCAGCAGGUAAUUUUCUCUUAUUUCUACUAAGAAUCCCUCCUGGUACACAAUAUUUAUCUUCCCUACAAGGUCAUCUUUAACUGGCCUAAAUCUGAACAGCCAAUCUGCUGGAUGUUAGACUCAAAUGCAUUACGAUGAAAUCUGGAAGUGCAACGUUGCACAAUUACUAUCUCUUAAUUUUGCCAUAGUAUCUCGUAAUUUUUCCUUAGGAUAAGAUUUUGUCUUGUCCUGAGAAUUAUUAAUUUAGUCUUUCAUUCAUCUAUUUAUUUUUAUUUUUCUGGCGGAAAUGGGCUUCCAUACGACCAAAGUUACUACAGAUUGCUACAGACUCCUUUUUAUGUGUGUUAACCAUAUACAAAAAACUUUAAAACCACUGUUGUCAUUUUAAACAGAUUUUGAUAAAGUCCUGGACCUACUGUUUUCCUUGUUUACACUUUUAGAGAAUGUACUCGAAUCCAGAAUACAAACAUUACAUUAUUUCUGCAUGAAGUUAACAUCUUGGGUAAACUUUCAUGUGCAAAUUCAAAUGAGAUCAAAUUAUUCCAUUCUCAUCAAUAAUUAUAUUAUUUCCCUCGCUGAAUGCACUGCCCUCUGUCUGUCUAACCAGAAUGUACCAAAGCUCACAUCUUACAACCAACCACUCUUGAUCCUGUACAGUCCACCUCACUUUUAAAUAUGAAUGUUUGUCAGACUUCCUCUCCUAAAAUAAAAUACCGUCUCUCUAUGCAAGCUGUUUCCUCUUCUUUCUGUGUCACUUUGACUGUAACUGAACAAACGGAGCAGGAUAAUAAAUGGAAGUGAAUA